AUAUUUCAAGUGUACUAUUCAAAAACCCCAAAACACUCUCUCACUUUUCUUCUUGCUUUCCGUUUUUCUUUCUUGUUGGUCUUUUCUUUUCAACUUAAAAACCUUAUCAAAUCAUAAAAGCUAUAUACCUACUUGCCACAUAGCUUAUCUCAUUUCUCCAUUUCACUAUUCCUCAAUAUAUAGAACUUGUUCAGUCUAGUGAGAUAGAGAGAGAGCUAGAGAAGAAACAAACAACUUAAGGGGUUUUUAUUUGCCACAUUGUAGAAUAUGUCUAACAGAAGAUCAAGACAAUCUUCAAGUGCUCCAAGGAUCUCUGAUGAUCAAAUGAUCGACCUUGUAACAAAGCUCCGUCAGAUUUUGCCGGAGAUUGGCCAACGUCGUCGUUCCGAUAAGGUCUCAGCCUCGAAAGUGCUGCAAGAGACAUGCAACUACAUACGAAACUUGAACAGAGAAGUUGACAACCUCAGCGAGCGUUUGUCUCAGCUUCUCGAGUCCGUGGAUGAAGAUAGCCCUGAAGCAGCCGUCAUUAGAAGCCUACUCAUGUAAUCGUUAAUGAGUUUCUAUAUAUAUUUGUAACCCUAAUCGUCCUUAAUUCCUGCUUAAUUGAUGUACGAACUUUUAAAGAAAAGGGCUUGAUCUUUAGACCUCGUGCCGACUAAGAAGCAUGAUCACCGUUUUGGC